UGAACACAUGGUCUGACUUUAGUUUCCUUCAUAAUAGAUGUAUGGAAGUGGGUCACUAAAAGUAACAGGAUUGGUUUUGUUGUCAUGGUUUAAAAGUCACGGAGUGGAUUGACUCUUAUGUUAGGUUCAUUAUUAAUUUGACUCCGUUGCCUAUAAAAGUAGUCUCAUUCACACGGUAAUGGUCAUUUUCUCAAGGAAAGUAGUCCCAUUUAAUAUAUGGUAAUGAUUCAUUAAAUAUCCUGAUCAAAAAGUUCUUAGACAAAGUCUACAUUCUUAUCAAUGAAAGUGAAAGGAGAGAAAUUUUCUGCAUUGCAAUGGAAAAUGAUUUAUAAAUUUUGGCAAAAUAUCAUUGUCACAAGUGUGCUGCUUUUCUAAGCUCCGGUAGAUGAGAGUUUGUUCUCACUGUUGGAUAGAAAGGACAUAUGGUCUAGAUUAACUACAUAUUAAAAGUUCAAAGAUCUAAUUCAAUCAAGGGAGAAAGAACACUGCCAUACUAAAAUAGGGAAAACAGAUGCGUGUAGGAGAAUCUUUAGAGCAUGGGGCAAGAGCAAUGAGGUCUUCUUGCACCCUCCUAUGUUGGGUGUAGACAACCCUAGAGUGACAUGGUUCUGCACAUAUGUAUCAAUACUCUAGCCAUUGCCGUGUACUCUCUCGACUUUGAGUUGGAACAAAUAGUAUAUAUUAGGAAAAAAACCAUGAAAAUGAAUGGGUAAGAUCUAUCUUGUGACUUCCAAAAAUGUCACAAAUUGUUAUACCAAUAAAUACAUUUUGAUUUUCAUAUUCAUUGAACCUACUAGGCCUCCCCAACAAAUUGAGAGCCCUCUUAUUUUAUUCUCUCUCUUUGGAGCAUUGCUGGUGGAACCCAUCACAGCAAGCUUUAUGUGAAAUUUUCUCUCAAGACUUCGUUGACCGUAAAAGCAAAACCUACCACAUCCUAUUCCACAAUAGAGUCUGGAUGAAGACAGAGAAAAGAGGAGAAUACUGAUUCUUUAAAGAUUGAACACUCGGCAGCUGCAUGAGCUUGGCAUAUUCACAAUCAGGAGGAUCAAAUGGAACAGAUCGGCUAGCCUUGUUGGCUAUCAAGGCUCACAUAACCAAUGAUCCCUUUCAUGUUGUGAGCUCCUGGAAUGACUCUGUCCCCUAUUGCGAAUGGUCAGGGGUUAUAUGUGGUGGUCUUCGGCAUCCAAACAGGGUCAGAGCCCUUCAUUUACAGUCCAGUGGGUUGGUGGGGUCUGUGGCUCCAGAAAUAGGAAACCUCAGUUUCCUUCGAGAGAUUUGGCUCCAAAACAACAGCUUCCAUGGCAAAAUCCCACAUGAAGUAAGCUUUCUAUUCCAGCUUCGUUAUUUAAGACUAUACAACAAUUCCUUUGAAGGGGAAAUCCCACCAAACAUAUCAAGAUGCUCCAACCUUAUACAACUCAGUUUAGGUUCCAACAAUAUUACGGGGAAAAUUCCAGUAGAACUUGGUACCUUGUUGAAGCUUCAACUCCUUUCAUUCCGUAAAAACAGAUUGAUAGGACAGAUCCCACCUUCCUUUGGUAAUCUUUCAUCCCUUCAGACCAUUUCUGCAGAAUUGAAUGAUUUAAGUGGAAGUAUUCCAGAUUCCCUUGGCCAAAUGACAAGAUUAACAUUUUUAGCUCUUGCUGGAAAUAAGUUGUCUGGUACUAUCCCUCCCACUAUAUAUAAUCUUUCUUCACUCACUGCUCUCGAUGUUGGUUUUAAUCAACUUCAAGGAAGUCUUCCACCAAAUUUAGGCCUCAUUCUUCCUAAUCUAUUGUGGCUUUCAGUUGCAGUAAACCAGUUUCAUGGACCAAUUCCAAUUUCUGUGUCCAAUUUGUCCAAACUCCAAGUACUUUUAGUUGGUGAAAACAGUCUCACUGAGAAGGUGGCUAUUAAUUUUGGAGACCUAUCAAACCUUGCUAGGCUUUCAUUGGCCUCAAAUAAUUUGGGAAGUGGAGAGGCAGAUGACUUGAAUUUUGUCAACACAUUGAUCAAUUGUAGCAGUUUAACACUUUUGGAGCUUGAAAGUAAUCAGUUUGGUGGUCUGCUCCCUAUUUCCAUAGCAAACUUAUCAAACCAAUUGAUAGAUCUCUCUCUGUCAAAAAAUCAAAUAUUUGGAGACAUCCCAGUGGAGAUAGGGAACCUUGAAAGCUUACAAUUCUUGGGCUUGGCUCACAACUUAUUAGAAGGAAGUAUUCCAACUUCGAUUGGGAGACUUCAAAUGCUAAGUGGACUUGAAUUAGAUGUGAAUAGAUUGACAGGGUCAAUCCCUUCUUCUCUUGGAAACUUGACUCAAUUGGUUGAGCUCUAUUUAGGAUAUAAUCUCUUGCAAGGAAAAAUACCUUCAAGUCUUGGAAAAUACAAGUAUUUGUUAGCCUUGGGUCUUUCCAGUAACAGUUUCAGUGGCAUCAUCCCUAGAGAGUUAUUUGAUCUUUCCACAUUAGUAGAGCUAAAUUUGAGUAGAAAUUCUCUCUUUGGUUCUCUACUUAUGGAAGUAGGUCGACUGAUCAAUCUUGAAGUCCUAGAUAUUUCUGAGAAUAUGUUGUCUGGGGAAAUCCCUAGCAACCUUGGUGCUUGUACACAACUAAGUGACAUUCAUAUGGAUAGUAACUUAUUUCAAGGAUCUAUACCAUCAUCUCUGCGUUCUCUAAGAGGUCUUGAACAUUUAGAUCUUUCACGCAACAACUUUUCUGGUUUUAUCCCAAAAUAUCUGGGCACAUUUAAGUUUUUACAACAGUUAAAUUUAUCAUUUAAUCAUUUGGAGGGUGAUGUAUCAACAGAUGGAGCCUUUAGAAACUUGAGUGCAAUUUCAGUCAUUGGAAACAAUAAGCUUUGUGGAGGUAUACCAGAACUUCAUUUGCCAGCAUGCCAAACUCGAAAAUUAAAAGAAGAUGGAAGACCUCAUGUUUACAAGCUGAUAGCCAUCAUAUGUGGCUGUGGGGCCUCUCUGUGUUUGAUUUUUAUGGCAUUUUUUUUCAUUAUCUAUUGGAAAAGAAAAGAAAAGAAAGAAUCCACUUUACUUUUAAUAGAGGGCCAUCAUUUUAAGAUCUCUUAUGCCGAACUCCUUAAAGCUACUGAUGGAUUUUCUUCUACAAAUUUGAUUGGAGUGGGGAGUUUUGGUACUGUGUACAAAGGAGUUCUCAAUCAUGGGGAAACUAUUGUUGCAAUAAAGGUCCUCAACAUCAAACAAAGAGGUGCUUCCAAGAGUUUCAUGGUUGAAUGUGAAUCCCUUAGAAACAUCCGGCAUCGUAAUCUUGUAAAAAUCUUAACAUCUUGUUCAAGCAUUGAUUUUGAAGGCAAUGAUUUUAAGGCUUUAGUAUAUGAGUUCAUGCCGGGUGGGAAUUUGGAGAGGUGGUUACAUCCACAUGCAAAUGGCAUACAAGAUGAACAAAGACAUUUAAAUUUUGUUCAAAGAUUGAAUAUUGCCAUCGAUAUGGCAAUAGCAUUGGAUUAUCUUCACCACCAUUGUCAUACGCAAAUUAUUCACUGUGAUCUAAAGCCAAGUAAUAUUCUUCUUGAUGGUGAUUUGACUGCACAUUUGGGUGAUUUCGGGAUAUCAAAAAUUCUUUCAAGAGUCACAAAUAUAUCUCAAAAUCAUACGACCUCAAUAGAAAUAAAGGGAUCUAUUGGAUACAUUGCACCAGAGUAUGGUGCAGGUGCUGAUGUUUCAACACAUGGUGAUGUCUACAGUUAUGGAAUUCUCUUACUAGAAAUGUUCACGGGAAAACGACCUACUCAUGAAAUGUUCAAAGAUAACUUUAAUCUUCAUUCUUGGGCUGAGAUGGCUAUGCAUGAUGGAGUAAUUUCUGUAAUUGACCCAUCACUUCUCUCCAUGGAAGAAUAUGAAGAAGAGGCAACAUCAACUAUAACUACAAUCACUGGAAGUCAAAGAUCUAUGAAGGAUAGAGUGCAAGAGUGCUUUAAUUCACUUAUUAGAAUUGGAGUUGCAUGCUCAGCUGAAUCACCAUGGGUUCGAAUGGACAUAAAUGAUGUGGUCAAAGAGUUACAUUUGAUCAGGGACAUUUAUCUUGGAGUUGGCACUCAUCGAGGAAGAUGAACUAUAAUAAAGGCUAUGACAGUGGUAAGUCAUUAUUUCCUUAAAAAAAAUGAGUUUGUUGUACUUGUUGAUGAAGUUGAAACUAUUUUCCCUCUACUUGAGUUAAUUGUGAUUUUAAUCUUGCGAUUUGGA